AGAGUUAAAGGUCCGACUUGCAACUUCCUCCUCCAAGGUCGCUCUUACUUCUGUGCACUCUACGCAUAGUUCCUUCCCACCACUGUCUAUCAUAUUUGUACGCCUAGAUCGAGCAAUGCCUUCAACAACUCUGGGAAAGAGGACCAGGAGUGUCAGGGAGCCUGAAUUGGAUCUCCCAAAAAAACGGUUAAGGCGCUCUCGACGUGCAAUUGCCAUUGAUUGUGCGAAUGAGGAUCGUUCCAACACAAUUGGACUUGACGACCAGGAGAACCAACCGCCUCUCGCCGACUUCGACUCUAUUAUUGCAACAACUCCUUCGAAGAGUCGCACAAAAGAUGUCCAAUCGACAUCGACGAUCAGGAUUGGGAAGCAUGGAGCAAGUUUGGAAUCUACCGAGCCCGUGCUUAGAGACACUGCACCGAGCAAGACGACACCCAUUACUCCGCAGACGCCUCGCUAUUACGAUGUCUUUGCUAAGACUGCCUCCACCCCACGCCAUCGUGUCAUGUCUGCCGGGAAAGUCUCAAGGAGGUUGACACCCCAGACACCACGCACACCUACAGCUUGCCAGACAGUGUAUCAUCUCGCAAGGCAGCUCUUCUCACGGAGCUCGGAUCCGGGCCAGUUAAUCGGGCGGGAUGAGGAACGAGCAAGGCUUCGGGGGUUCCUCAACCGUUGUGCAACUCGGAAUCCGAGUGGCUGCCUCUAUGUCAGCGGACCGCCCGGGACGGGGAAGAGUGCCAUGGUCCACGAGGUUUCGCAGGAGCUUGUUUUUGAGGUUCCGACGGUCCGGAAAGCAUACAUUAACUGCAUGAGCAUCCGGUCAUCAAAGGAUCUCUAUGGCACCCUGCUCGAGCAGCUGAACCUCGAGGCUGACAUGUCUGAGUGUGAUGCGGUUGAGGCCCUCCAGAAGCUGUUCUCACCCAAGAGCAAGUCUGAGGACGUGUUCCUGGUAGUGUUGGAUGAGAUUGAUCACGUCCUGUCCAUGGACUUGGAGAGCCUAUACCGACUUUUCGAAUGGUCUCUACAAAAAGCGUCACGCCUCGUCUUGGUGGGUAUCGCCAACGCACUCGACCUCACGGACCGGUUCCUUCCACGCCUCAAGUCCAGAAAUCUCAAGCCCGACCUGCUUCCGUUUCUGCCCUAUUCAGCACCGCAGAUCAAAAGCGUCAUCACGUCAAAACUCAAGAGUUUGAUCCCUGAAGGAAGCAGCAAGCCGGAGUAUAUCCCAUUCUUUCACCCCGCCGCCAUUGAGCUAUGCUCUCGCAAGGUCUCGACCCAGACGGGGGAUCUGCGGAGAGCUUUUGAAAUCUGCCGUCGAGCAAUCGACCUGGUGGAGGGCGAGACGAAGCUGAACCUCGAGAACGAGGUAAAGGAUGAGCUCAUGCAAAUGAGUCCGUCGCGAAAGGUUCUGGGCGAGAACUCCAAUCUAGCUUCCUCGCCCAGAGCCAAUGGGGCUCAAAACGCCAGGCCGUCCUUGGCCCGAUCUCUGCAAGGCUUGACAGUGGAAAAUGCGCCUCGAGUCACGAUCGGACACCUCAACAAAGUAACAGCGGCGGCAUUCAGCAAUGGGACAAACCAGAGGCUAAAGACACUCAACCUCCAACAGAAGGCGGCGCUAUGCGCUCUGAUGGCUAUCGAGAAGCGUAACAAGGCAGCAAAGGAUCCCGUGGGCUUGACCACACCGUCGAAGACAACGGUCAUCGCUCCCACGGUCAAGACAUUGUUCGAUACGUACUGCCUGCUUUGCAAGCGCGACUCGGUCCUGCACCCCUUGUCAAGCUCCGAGUUUCGCGAGGUGGUGGGAAGCCUGGAGACCCUUUCUCUGAUCGCCCCUGUGGAUGGAAAGACGGGGUCCUUGACGGUGCUGCAGACACCAAGCAAAAGGGGAAGAAAGCCGGCAUUUGGUAAUGGCAAUACCCUCGGCGAUGAUAAGAGGGUCGCCAGCUGUGUGGGAGACAGAGAGAUAGAGCAGGCCGUUGAGGGCCUAGGCGCAGACAUUCUGAAGAGCAUUUUGAGCGGCGAGGCGUUGGAUUAAUGGGUUGAUACGUUCACAGCAUUACAUACUGGCUUGUCUGCAUAACAGGAGUUCCUUGGCUAAGGACAUGCUGUACUACCAGUUAUGUUUGAGUUGGCUGCCUCGGCUCAGGCGGGAUUAAUCUGUAUAUA